UUUAUAGUCUACAGAAUUGUUUAAUAGAAAAAAUAGGAUCCUACUUAAUAUAAACUAUCUACUUCCUUAUUCUCCCGAAUAUAGGUACUCAGUAUUUUAUCUACCUACCUUUGUGUUUUAUUUCAUAUCUAAUCUCUGAGUUUGACGCAGUCACCGGUGACUCACAUUUCAGUAACGCGUCUGAUGAUAAUAAUAACAGUGUUUAAUAAAACCAAUAAUGGUAUUCACACAAGUGGUAUCCAUCAAAGACAAAGCACCUGGAACCAAAGUAUACAACUAUGCUGAUUCAUUCUGGUGUACAUAUAUUGUGUCUGUGGCGGCUGCCAGUGUUGCAGAAAUAUUGACAUACCCAUUAGAUUUGACCAAGACCCGUCUGCAAAUACAAGGUGAAGUAGCUACAAGCAGUAAACCUACACAGUAUAGAGGCAUGUUAAAAACAGCUAUCGGCAUUGUCAAUGAAGAAGGUGCACUAAAAUUAUGGCAAGGUGUGACGCCCGCACUCUAUAGACAUGUAGUGUAUUCUGGUAUUAGGAUUGUAUCGUACGAAACCAUGCGUGAUAAAUUAUUAUUAAAAAACGAAGAUGGAUCAUUUCCAAUUUGGAAAUCGGCCAUAAGCGGAGUCAUGUCUGGUGUUAUUGCUCAGUAUGUUGCUAGUCCAGCUGAUUUGAUCAAAGUUCAAAUACAGAUGGAAGGCAAACGACGUCUGAUGGGAGAGCCUGCUAGAGUGUUAAGUGCAGCACAUGCGUUCAAAAAAAUAGUAUCUGAAAGUGGUGUCCGUGGUUUGUGGAAAGGCUCAAUACCCAAUGUACAACGUGCUGCUCUUGUAAAUCUUGGUGAUUUGACUACUUAUGAUACAGCUAAGCAAGUAAUUAUGCAUAAAACUGGAUUACCUGAUUCACAUCUACUGCAUUGCCUUUCUAGUAUAUGUGCUGGAUUAGUAGCAGCUACAUUAGGAACUCCAGCAGAUGUUGUAAAAACACGUGUUAUGAAUCAACCAACUGACAAAAAUGGAAUUGGUUUGAUAUACAAAGGAUCUUUAGACUGCUUGUUUAAGACUAUUGAAAAUGAAGGGUUUUUUGCUCUUUACAAAGGAUUUUUACCUGUCUGGAUUAGAAUGGCUCCCUGGUCAUUAACUUUUUGGAUGAGUUUUGAACAAAUACGCCAUAUGCUCGGUGCUACUGGAUUUUAGAAUUUACAGAGUAUAAUCAUUAGAUCUCAUUUUUAUUAUGUUUUUCAACUUUUACAAUAGUUCUAAAAUAUGUCAAGAUGUUUAUUUUCAUAUUCUCCGUUAUCAUAUAGAAAAUUUAGGUCAUGAAUAUACACAGUGCACACUACACAUAAUUUUUUUCAUAGGGUCUAGACUCUAGGAAUUGACUUCCGUACAAGUAUUAUGGAUUAUAUUAUUAAUCAAAAUCAAUAAUAAGACAACAUUAUAACAGUAACAUUGACAAACCAUCUCUAUCAAGCAA